UUUUAGAUAUUGCUAUUUGUUAAUGAAAUAAAUGAUACUCAGACAUUUUUUUAAAGUUUAUAAAAUUCAGAAAACUAAGCAUAUAGCUUAAUAUUUUCUCAGUAAUCUUUAUAUCAAGGCACAUUUGCCAUUUUCUGAAUUGACCAUAAUACCUCCCAUUUAUUAAGAUAUUUGUUGGAUAGUUUUAUUAAUAGAAAGAUGAGGAAGUUGGACUUUUGAGAAUAUACUUGAUCAGUUAAAGUUAAAAAUGGAGAAAAGUUAAUUUGUUGUUGUUGUUGUUUUGUAUUUACAUAAGAUGCAAUCUCAUUCCUAAAGUCAGAGGUGUAUUAGGGCCAAAAAAUGUUCUCCGAACAGGUUUGAAUGUUGUAUUAUGGGCAAAGAAGACCACCUAGCCGGUAGCAGGUUGUGUUUAAUUAGGUAACCCUUGGCAAAUUCAGGAGUCCCAAGUCACUUUUAUACAUACAGUGGCACCCUUCUUAUGAAUUAGAGCUCUUUUUCUAAAAAGAAAUUGUGUUUUGAAAAAAUUAAAUAAUAGUUGCAAGAAUAAGUCAGUGAACUGUAACAUACCCUUUAUCUAGAUUCGAUUUGCCAGUUGUUAACAUUUUGCUACAUUCUCUUUACCACUCUUGACGUGAUAGUAUUGUUUUAUUUUUGCGCAACAAUUUGAGAGUUAGGUUGCAGACAUCUUGAACCUUUCUUCUAAAUGAUAGCAUACAUGUCCUAGAAACAGACAUUCUCUUACCUAGUCAUGGUACAAUGAUCAAAUUCAAGAAGUGAAACUUUGGUACAAUAGCAUUAUCUAAUUUACAGUCCAUAUUAAAAUGUUUCUGAUUAUCCCAGCAGUGUUCUUUAUAGUGACUUUUUUCCCCAAACACAAGAUCAUGCAUUGCAUUUAGUUGUCAUGUAAGUUUUGUUGCUUUUAGAACAUGUCGCUUCUGUCCAGAAUUAGAGAUAGUCUUCUGACUCUUACCUCUUACAAGCUUUGUUGAAGAAAAAGGACAUUAGGAAUUUCAAAGAGGCUGCUUCCUAUUAAAAAAAAAAGCAAAAAGGGACUCUUUUGUUUUUAAUUUUUACAACUUUGUCUGGGUUUUGGUUUCUUGACUCAGCAAAGUCUAUAAUGCAGCAGGGCUUGGUAAGCAUUAAAGGCGGUACUGAAGCUUUCCUUUAUUUUAUAAUCCCAGUUGUUUUUUCUAGAAACCAUCAAUAGCGUCUAAAUGACUGACUCAAUUUUUGGAUCCUGUUCUCAUGACUAAGCAAAUGUUUGACUGAAACCAGCCCAUAUAAAUGUCACUGUGCCUCUAACUCUCUGUAGCCAUUCCUGAAUUUCUUUCAGCACUGGGCAAACCAGUCUGUGCACCAAAAAUGUCUAAAACUGGAACCAAGAUUACCUUCUAUGAAGACAAAAAUUUUCAAGGCCGUCGCUAUGACUGUGACUGCGACUGUGCAGAUUUCCACACAUACCUAAGUCGCUGCAACUCCAUUAAAGUGGAAGGAGGCACCUGGGCUGUUUACGAAAGGCCCAACUUUGCUGGGUACAUGUACAUCUUACCCCAGGGAGAGUACCCUGAAUACCAGCGUUGGAUGGGCCUCAAUGACCGCCUCAGCUCCUGCAGAGCUGUUCAUCUGCCUAGUGGAGGCCAGUAUAAGAUUCAGAUCUUUGAGAAAGGGGAUUUUAAUGGUCAGAUGUAUGAAACCACUGAAGAUUGCCCUUCCAUCAUGGAGCAAUUUCAUAUGCGAGAGAUCCACUCCUGUAAGGUGCUGGAGGGUGUCUGGAUUUUCUAUGAGCUACCCAACUACCGUGGCAGGCAGUACCUCCUGGACAAGAAGGAGUACCGGAAGCCCAUCGAUUGGGGUGCAGUUUCCCCAGCUGUCCAGUCUUUCCGCCGCAUUGUGGAGUAAUGACAUGAAUGGGGCCAUAUUCUUCCUGAGGCCCAAAUGCUGGCUGGCCUUGUGGUCCAAAUAGGCAUCAUCAAUAAAACAGUUGGCAUGCAUCCCACUGCUGACUAUAACGCCUCUCCUUAAAUGCUUCUAGGGACCAGCAAUAUAAUGCUCGCCAUGGUGGGCAGUUACACUAAGCAACACAUCUACCAGAUCACCGAUCUAGAUCUUUGUGCCAAACAAAAUGAGUCUCAUUAAAAGGUUAGAAAGUCA